GAACCGCCUCCUGUGGCGAAAUGGCCUGGACAAACACAAAAAGCAACUUUCCCUGGCACUCAUUCUUCUGUGCCUGGAAUCCGACUCCAGAUGUCAGCUUAUGCCUCGUCGUGCAGUCAUCUGUGUCUGUAAGGCUCGAGAUGGUUCUGUGAAGCCAAAGUUCUCUAUUGGCUCUUUUCUUCCUGAUUUAGCUGCGUUUUCUCUGGACAAGGGUUGUCGAAGGAAAAUUGACUGACUUGAAGCUCUUAAUUUGAUUGUAACUCUCUCGGUGAUUUCCGGUAACGCGUUCAACUUUGAAGGUUUCAUUGUGGGUAGUUAUUAAACUCAGUGUUGAUUAGCCGAAAUGCUUGAGCGAUCGAUGAGCUGAGGGAAGGUUAAAGAUCUUCAUACAGCUCUCAGCUCCGGGUUUUAAAUUUUGUCCACUAAUCUGCAGGUUUGUCUGUUCUCGAGAUCAGAGGUGUCCCUGAUUUUCUAAGCACAUGGUUUCUUAGUGGCCUCGCGCUGGGGAUCGGUGAUGUCGGCGCACAGGAGUUCGAUUUUGGUUAAACCUGAGUUUGACACGCUGUUGACGUCAAACUCACAAAGUAGGUCACUCUUUUCCUGAAGGCCCGGCAAGAUCUUCUUUUAAUGUACUGUUCACUUCGCUGUUCAUGAUCUAGAAAUACUUCUCGUUUAAACGCACUGAAAGUAGGACGACGGGUUUCUCUAAAGUUUAUGGAGGUUCCGUUUGCUGGCUGAGUGACGUUUACAAUUGGCUCACAUUUCAUGGCCACCAUUCUUGAUCAUCGUAAUUGGUCAAGUCCAUACAAUCGUUGACCGAUCGGGUUAGAUUAGAUCACGCUUCAAUACAUGCAAAAAUCACUGUGUACUCUCCAACCUCCAUUACGUUGUAAUCGUAUCAAUUGGCGGAGGAUUUCAAUUGUAACGUCACAGGUCACUUAGGUUUCUAGGGUGCGAGAGGUUAUCCAGGCGGCGCGAGGAUCAUCUUCCCCCUUGCAUGGAAGUGGAAUUCGUAUGUCAGUUAUUCUUUUGAUUCUCUUCCCUUUGAUAGUACCAAUUUCGGAAGCGCUGAAAUUAAACAAACUGCGCUCUAUCGGCACUUCGAAGGGAUUGUGUCUGAACUAGGUAGCAACAACUUCUUGCGAAAGGUGGUUUUUAGAUUUUGGGUGUGACGAUCACCGAACUAAUAACCUUAUGAAUCGAAGCAAAGGUUUGUAAACCAUGAGCUGCUUCGGAAUAGAUAUCAAGAGACGACGGAAGCUCGAGGUAAGAGUCACUCGGAGACGGGGUACCAAGUCUGACCCCGAGGAAUUUCCAAGGCGAAAUACGCCAGGUCUAACAGCAAGACCUGAGCUUGGGUCGAUGUCCCAUCCUGGCUACGGAGAGACCACAAGCAAGGACUCAACUUUCUUGGUUAAUAGCGAACGUCGUGAGCUUCGAGCGUUUACUCUUUUAGAGCUGAAAUUUGCGACCAAAAAUUUUUCUCUGAGCAAUCGGAUCGGCGAAGGAGGCUUCGGACAAGUCUACAAGGGAACCAUCAAGCAGAAAUCGAAAUUGCAAGGCGUUGAGGAGAAAAUUGAGGUUGCUGUAAAGCAACUCAACAAUGGUGGACCACAGGGGCACCGUGAAUGGAUAACGGAGGUUCAUUUUCUGGAAAUUGUGGAUAAUCCCUACCUGGUGAAGCUGAUUGGGUAUUGCGCCGAUGAGGACGAGAGGGGGAUUCAACGGCUACUCGUGUACGAGUACAUGCCAAACAGGGGCCUCGAUGACCAUAUCUUCCGCACCGUUCCUCCAGUUUUGUCAUGGCAAGCCAGGGUGAAAAUCGCCCUCGGGGCAGCACGAGGACUUGCCUACUUGCACAAUGAGAAGGGAGUAAUAUUUCGAGAUUUCAAGGCGGCAAACGUACUGCUGGAUGAGGAACUCAAUCCAAAACUCUCCGACUUUGGGCUUGCUAGACAAGGGCCAGACGUAGGCAAGACUCAUGUCACCACUGGGCUAAAGGGCACGUAUGGAUAUGCAGCUCCGGAGUACAUCCAGACGGGCCAUUUGACGUUCAAGAGUGAUGUGUUCAGUUUCGGGGUGGUAUUGAUGGAAAUGCUAACGGGCCGGAGGGCUUUGGAUAGCAAUCGACCUAAGAUGGAGCAGAGAAUGUUAGAUUGGGUGAAACCCUUCAUCAACGACCCACGAAAGUUUCACCUCGCAAUGGACCCCCGUCUAGAACUACAGUACCCUACGAAAGCCGCCAUAAAAUUUGCAACUAUUGGAAUUCAGUGUCUUGAGAAACAACCCAAAGCAAGGCUGCAGAUGGUUGACGUAGUCGAAGGCUUGAAGAAAGUCCUCGAAAUGACAUACUUGUGGGAGUCACCCAAGCUUUCGACACCUACAACUCCUCGCUCCGGGCAGGCAGCCACAGCCUCAGAGAACAACAACAACAACAACAUAAGCCCUAAACUGCCUCGUCGAAAAGGUGAAACCAGGGAAAACCCUAAUCUCGCCGCUCCACAGUUAAAAUCACCUCGCCGAAGCACCAAUCAACCUGAAUCACCUUCUCCAACUGCAUCGGGGAGAACACCUACACCUGCUUAUCGUUCCAUAGCGUCUUCUCCGAUGAAGCACACGAACCUGAUGGACUGGGCAUCAACUCAGGAUGUCCCUGUUCCACUCAACACUCCACAUGCACAGAGAAGACUUACCACUAGAGCUCCAGAUACUUUACCACCCCUGGACUCAUUCAAACCUCAAUCAAUUCCAUGCAAACCUGAUGUGGGGAUCAACAAGGUGAAUAGCGUUCGAACUUAAGAACUAAACCGUAGAUCAGGACCAUAGAGUUGAACUACAGCAACCCUAUUGAGGAAUAGGAUACCACCCUAGCCAAGUGCGAAUAAUACAGCUGCGUCUCUUGAAAUCUGAGGCUAUCCAUAUCGGAUUAAUGAAACGAAAAUCUUAUCUAAUUGCAAGGACGAUCUGUGUUGAAUUUCGGGUA